CGCGGCGUGACUCGCUGUACACUGUUUAUGUUCGGAGCCCCGGCCUCCUGGCCUGGCUGGAGAGGACAUUGGGCUUGAGUGAUGCGGAAGUGAGCGCGUCAUAUGGGUUUUGAAAGCGGCCGCUCAGAGCGAGUGGCUCGUGCUGAUCUCGCUGGGACGGUCCCUCCUGAGGUCCGGCUCCCAGCACCGAUGACGUCCAAGCCCCCGCACCCGCUGCUCCCACGGACCGAGGUUGCUCUUUACUGGCUGCUGUCACUGGGCGCGCAUCUCUACUCCUUUUAUCACCUGCACAAGUUCUCCAAAGUGCAUGAGAGGGCUCUGGAAAGAGCCUUCCAGCUGGAGCCGGGGCUCGUCAAAGGAUUCAGGAGGGACGCCUCUGAUUUUGAGUGGACAUUCUGGACCGAGUGGGCAAAGAAGUCUCUUCUGUGGAGCCUGACUGGACAUGCCGUGGUCUCCAGACUCACCAGCAUCGCUGUCCCCAAGCUCAGGAUGGCAGCCCUGACAGUGUAUGGUGUGGUGGCAGCUGCUGGGGUGUUGGGCAGCAGAGGAGUGCUGGUGCUGCUGCUGCAUCUCAGCCUGUCCUUCUGUGUCGCUCAGCUCAAGACGCCAGCCCUGUGCUGGUCCUGUAACCUGCUGCUGCUGCUCUCCACCCUCCACCUGCAUGAGCUGCAGGAAUUACAGAGAGGCUGGUACCAGACCGAGGAGGAGUUUUACCUGCUGCUCUUCAGUGUGGCCGUGUGCGGUCUUCGCUUCAUCAGCUUCAGCCUGGACCACUGCUGGAGCCCGCGAGACGGCGGCGCGCUGCUCCAGCUGGGCUGGCUGCUUUCAUACACCUUCUACCACCCGCUCUUCUACAAUGGACCCAUCAUCACCUACAGCGACUAUGUGCAUCAGAUGCAGCGACCCGCCGCUGAGACCAAGUCUGGUGUGACCUUCCUCCUCCUCCGCGCCGCUCGCCUCUUGCUGUGGUGGUGCAUUGCCGAGUGCAUGAUCCAUGUGAUGUACAUGCACGCCAUCCAGUCCAGCCAGACCUACUUAGAGAUGCUCCCUCCCUGGGCCCUGGGCGGCCUGGCUCUGGCGCUGGUCCAGUUCUUCUAUGUCAAGUACCUGGUCUUGUUUGGCUUGCCGUCCAUGUUGGCCACUCUGGAUGGGGUGGUGCCCCCCGAGCUGCCCCGCUGUGUCAGCAUCAUGUACAGCUUCACUGGGAUGUGGAGGCACUUUGACAAGGGUCUGUACCGGUGGCUCAUCAGGUACAUCUACCUGCCUCUGGGCGGAUCCCGACACGGGCUGUUGCACAAGCUCCUCUCCAGCGGCCUCACCUUUGGAUUCGUCUGCUUCUGGCACGGAGGACACGACUACCUGCAGUACUGGGCCCUGAUGAACUGGGCCGGGCUUCUGCUGGAGACCGGCUUCAAGUCCUUCUUCAGUCUUCCCUGGGUGCAAGGCCCCCUGGAACGGCGCGUGCCGGUGAUGAUGAGAAGGCGCGGCCUGGCCUUCCUCUCCUCCUUCUCCACCGCUCUGCUCAUCCUCUCUAAUCUGGUCUUUCUGGGUGGGAUUCAUGUCGGCACGGUCUUCUGGAGGAGAGUCUUCCUGCGAGGUACUUCUGCUGUGCUCCUCACCUUUAGCCAGUGGCCGAGCGCCCGCGCUGCUGCGUGGUCGACUCGCUGUGAGCCUCCCAGGCAGAUGGAUGGCCGCCUCAGUUUGUUACCCGCAGCAAGAUGGCAGCCGAUGCUGGAGUCUGUCGGCACAUGAUAAGCUGGCUGCCCCCUCAGCCGGCGGCGUGCUGACUCAGCAGCACAGAUGGAGCCUGGUAUCAUUUGUUUGUCGAAGGAGUCGGUCCAUAUCGAUCGCCUGACGCGUCCCUCUGAGAGCGUGUCAGCGGCCUCUUCACCAUCAGCCUCGGCUCAGCUCAGGAUGGUGACCCAGCUACCGAGGUCCACCUCACCCAGGGUUAUGUGUUGGUCCUGACAGCAGCAGAGUCAGGAGCAGCAGGACGUGGCGCUGCUGUGCAGCGUCCCAGAUCCGCGUGGCUAAAUCGUGGAGACAAGCAGAUGUUUCUGGCUCGCCUGGCUCUCACCGGACUCCUCAAACUUCUGCUGCUGUUUCCUGCUGUGUUCUUGUACUUCCAUCUUUGUGAGAUCCAGCACAGCUUUUUAACCAACGCUGCCCACACUUCUGGGAAGUGAGGGCCGCCGUCGUUUUCAGGCUGAAACCAUCAAAAUAACUGGCCUCCACUUUGGCCCAGAAUCCUGGUUCAGGUCACGUGUUGUGGAUGCUUCGGUCCAGAGGCUGAGGAAAAGGUUGAGGGUCUUGUCAUGAAGAUGUGUAAAGAUUCUCGUUUGCUAGUGGAGCCUGGCCCUUCGCUCACCAUCUCCAGUCUCUUGUGGGAGCAGUGAGGUGCGGCCCCUGCCUGUCUGAGGUGAGGGUGUGGGACGGUGUGGGCUCCUGACUCUGAUGAUCAGCUUCAUCCCUCAGCUGAGCUCCAACCCUCUCAAGUCAGCACUGAAGUGAUGCAGCCGUGUGCUGAUGAGCUGCUGAGAGCGCCACCUGUCUGCAGACUCCGGAGGCUGCCUUUAAAAAUGCCCUCUUUUCUGCGGUGAAUAAUUCAGAGACGGAGCGAGGCACUGAAGCGUGGCUGACUCCAGAGCAGCUCGGUCUCCCACCUCAUUCACCCCCUCAUCUUAAAUCAGAGGCCUCCUUGACCUCUGACCCCGGGCAGCCAGUGCAGCCUUCCUGAGCCGAGCCGCUCUGCGGCCCGGUGAAGGCUCCUGCAGAGAGUCCGCUUCCACAGCUCCACCGUUCAGCUGCUUCUCAGGUCAGAACUGAGGACAGGCGCUGUGAUGUGACUGCAUGUGUCCAGGCAGCAGGUCGGCGUGUUUCUUUUAUUAAGAAUUUUAUUGUUUACUACUUUUACAGAAACAUUCACGACAACAACAACAAGGUGCACUGGUGUGUUUAUGAUGAUCUCACUGUUACCAAGGUAACCAGUGCCCUGUGUCAUGAGAUUCCUGCUUCCGUUCACCUCCAGUGAAAGUUGGGGGUGUCUUCCAUUCGCAGAGUCUUUUGUUCGGGACUGAUGUAAACCUUGGUGUUGGUGGUGAUGAAGGCCAUCGGUCCAACAUCGGCCCACUGAUGACAGUGGACCUUCAUGCUGCAGGUGUGUGUGAGGGGCUCCUCCGCCUCUGGCUCUCGCAGGUGGGCAACCUGCUGCCCACACCUUCACUCAUCCGGGGUCCGUGGGUUGUGUGGCCUGAGGAGCUCAUGGUUCCUCAGUCCGCCCAGCAGCUGCUCGCUCGUCUCCCCGGGCGCCGCUGCUCAAUGAAACGGUGGCGUAAUGGCGCCAGCAUCACGUGAGCGUUUUCAUGGCGGAGGAGCCGCUCCAACACUCGUGAGCCCUGGUGAGAGGCGUGGCCCCUGGUGCGGCCCCUCAGUUUUCUCCGCGUGGUUUGGUCUUCAGCCGCAGCUGCUCUUUUUCCUUCCUUUCAUUUGACAUUUCUUGCUCUGCCAAAUUCAUUGAAAGACGUUUGGUCCGUAGUUUUAUGAUUGAUAUUGAAGUGAAAUGCGUCUGAAGUGGCUGGGACGGCUGUGAUGUCACCGCAGGACGGUACAGUGAUCACUGACUGGCUAAUAUGCUGCGAAUAAAGCCACGAAUCAGUGGUUUCUUCAGGCUGAUGAAAGUUCCUGAGGUUCACUGAUGACUGCAGUGGAGAGAGAGACACAUCACAAAGCUGUGAGGAUUCUGGAGUCAGGGGCCACACUCCACCCUCCUCUGACUCAGGAGGGCCUGUGUGAUCUUCUGACCCGCUGUGCUCUCCUGGCAGGUUGGUCCAGCCUGGCUCCGCCCAUGCUGCUCUGCCUCUACUGCUUUGCUCAGGUGGGGCUGGACUGGACGUCUCAGCCGCCGUGAGCCCGCCGCACAGCAAGGCCCCAGCCUCCGCGGCUCUGCUGCACCUCCGAACCGGUCCGAACCAGGCUGGAGCGCAGCUGAGCAGGGGUCAGGUCUCCGGGGCUUCUGAGAGGAACAUCAGAGGAAGGUGACCGGCCCAGCGUGUCAAGUGAAGUUUUAUUCACUCAUGUGUUUUAUGUGAUACAACUAUUUCAUAAAGUGUUUAGUUUGAAUAAACUGAGAUGUUGAUCGUCACCGUCUCCAGCUGUUCCGCAGUGUGAGGAGACAAUGUGACAGUGUGAAAGUUCCUGAUGGAGAUGAAGGACGGGCAGGUUGGAGCACCUGUGGGAGCCAAGCCUGACCUCCAUGACCUUCACCAGGAAGAGCCUCUUCACGUCGUCCGAGCUCAUUUCUGACCUGAUAGAAAUGAUGAUCUCCUCCAUGUUCCACUCAGCCCGUCCUGUUGCUUCAUCUGAAGACGCUCUUCAGAACCCGAUCGCUCUUGACUGUCACUUCGUAAGGUCUGACACCGAGGGUGGAGCUCACUCUGCCACCUGCUGGGUGGCUCAGAUGUGAACGGACCAAGAUGAAACCAGGACCGGAGUUGGACAGACAGCGAGAGCCUCCUGGACCCAGGUCACGGUGAAGCACCUCUGUAAGGCAGACGCCCACCUGUUGAGGAAGGAGACUCCGCCUCCUCUCUUCUCAGUCCACCAGAGAAGCUCCGCUCUGACACCAGCUGCAGGGUGGCGCCUGAGCUCAGAGCCUCCAUCAGCCUGAUGAAGCCCACACCUGGAGCUCAGAGCGGAUUAUCACCUCGCCGACACUGAGCGGCUCCAGGCCCCGGAGCCUCUUAGGUCUGCGCUCAUCGGAUCAGGUGUGAAGACCAGCUGCUCCGCUGCAGCGGCAGAGUGGGGAGCGCGGAGUCACACCAGUCACACGUCGGGACUCGAACCCCGCGGCGGGGCGGGGCCACUCAGAAGCCAAAGGGUGACUCGGCAGAAACGAGGGCAGGACUCUUUAUUGAGGCUGUGAUUCUACAACGUGACUCGUUAGUUUUCCACUGUAAAGUUUUCAUUUCUUUCCCAUUCUUUUAUUGUGUUUAGAGUUGUUUCUUCCCUCGUGUUUAUGAUACAUAGCUAGCUCUCCUGGUGGAGAGAACGUAGAAGAAGAAGCUCCGGCGUAGAAGUUAAGGACAAAAAAACAUUCCGUGAUGUUGUGCUUUCUCUUCCUCUUCCAUACGUAUCACGAAGAUGUUCAUGUCUGGACAAACGGGAAGAGCUUCCUGGUCGUCGCCAUCUUCCUUUCCUCCGAGGGAAGUGGAAGGCAGCAUAACAACAACAACAACAACUCUGCUGAGCUUGUUGAACUUGGACAGGUGUGUGUGAGAGAGGGGGAACUGCAGGGUGCUGAAUAAUGGAGAGCGUCUUUGGAGUGGCUUCUGUCUGGAAGCCAGCAGGGAGCUGAAGAUGGUGUCUGCUAACUGGACCGGCUUCACUUCCCAACAGCUGCAUUUUUCAUGCGGCUCUGGGGUGAGUGUGUGUGUGUGUGUGUGUGUGUGUGUGUGUGUGUGUGUGUGUGUGUGUGUGUGUGUGUGUGUGUGUGUGUGCGCGAGGAGAGGCUGCGCCGCCGUCCUGCCCGCCACCAUGAUUUAUUCAGAAGAAUAUUCAAUAAUAUAGAACGAUUACCUCUGACCUGAAAAAGAACAUGAAUUCUGAAAGAAGCUCAAACACGCUCAUCACAGGACGGACACAUGUCGGUCCAGGCAAGACCAGCCGAUCCUCGGCAAACGGACCUCCUGGAGACCUGAUGGAUCGAUGACAGGAUGAGAUUCAGUUGGACGUUUUGUCUUUCACGUUGACUGUGAAUGAGUCUGUUGAGAAGUGGAACGUCGUAACGCACGCUGGCUAAUGUUCACGCGCAGAGCUAGCUGCUCGCUGGAGUCUUGCCUUAGCACACACCAGGUUUAUGGAUACGAUUUGCUGUAUAUGACGAGGAAUCUGAAGACGGGUCUUUUUUAGGUCCCGCUAAGCUGCUAAUGCUCACCCAUGCUAUUUUUUUAUUUUUUUUACAACGUGAAAAACAGGAAAAUGUACACUACAUGGAAACAAUCCCGCACUGAUUUUGCUGCAGACUUUUAAAGAAACUGCGGGACAGUCACAAUCAUUUAUGACAGGAAAUAAGGAUCUUUGCAAAUGAGCUUUUAAAAAUAAUAAUACAUUUUUAAUUUUAGCCUAAAAAAAGCUCCGGGCUGCAAUGAUUUCAGGAAAUUAUAAAUAAAUAAAUGUUCAUGCGUCAUAAAAGCUGAUGAUGAAAUAAUGAUGAUGUUUGGUGAGUAGUUUCCAGUGUUGUUUUGUUCUGGAGCGCCUCACGGGGGCGGAGUCUGAGAGCGGCUCAUUCAAACCGUAGCUGCUGAUCUGUUCCACAGGGUCGAGAUGUUGAGGCUCAGAGAUGGAUCUGGAGGUCGGCCAUGUUUGUUUACGUCCGUCCCGUAUAGUGUUCCAUCGAUCAAACGUCCACCACACGUGCUGUUGACAUACAACUUUUAUUUAUCAAUUUGGUGGAUGGAAAGGUCAGUUAUUAACAUUCUGCUGUAGUAAAACUCCUUAUUAAAAUACAAUAUCUCUUGUCUUCCUUGCAUAUUUCUGAUGAGCCUCCUGGAUGUUGGACGCUGGGCUUCACUUCAGCAGCCGCUGCAGAGGCGCAGGGCUCAUGAGGAGAGAAGGUGUUGAUGGGAGUGAGAGGCUGCGAUGUCACAUUCAGCGAGGAGCUCCUUUCCACCGCGGCGCCUCUUCGGGGAACCCUCGUCUGCUGGAAGAACGGCUCCAGCUCAAAGUGAUUGUGUGCGUCACCAAGGUGCCAGAGAAGAGGGCUGGAACAAUAUUUGGAUUUUGCUGUGGACACGGUCCAGGGAGGCAUGCGAGAGGAGGCGACGGGAGACGGGGGCGCUGGUGCCUUCACAAAAAUAAAUCUGGAUAAAAAUACGACGCUCAGUGCUGCGCUCCAACAACAGGAAACCAGGAAGCAGACCGGCGCCAAGGCCCUGCGUGCCUCACGCCACAUUCAGGGAGAUUUACCGAAGAAUCUGGUUCCACAGACGAUUCAGUCACAACGAUUGUUCUCCUGCGCCGCCAUUUUGUUUAAGUCCUGCCAAAAGGUGCGGCCGGGUCGGGAACGGCUUCCACUCUCCUCUGACCUGUGACCCAUGACUCGUGUCCCAAAUGUUUCCCACUGAAAAUGAAUGGGAGGAGAAUCAGAUCACGAUCUCGACGGCCUGCGGCUCCUCCAUAUUUUCAGGUAGAGACUCCACUCAAAGCUUCCCACACAGCUGCACUGCUCCUCUGUGAAGCAGGUGUCAAACCUCUGUCAGUGUCCACACUGUUCUGCGUCACAUCAGCCUCAAACAAGUGGCCCGGCCGUGAUUCGUCCCCUGAGAGUGGGAGGAGCCAGAAGACCAGUCCAACUUUGGUGUCUCUUCACGCGCUGUGACAGACCUUGUCCAGGCCGCCAGACACACUCGUCCUCUCUGUGGAGAGGAGCAGCUACUAACUCGAGCUGCUACAAAAUGAGCUUUUGGGAAGAGACCGACUGUUUGCCGACGUCUGGGAUCAACUCCAUUAAACUGUGGGUGAAACGUCGAUGCUAACGUCUUCAUUCCUCCAACCUGGACUAGAGUUUCCUGAACUAUUGAAGCAAGUGUUUGAAUGUGUGGCAGCUGACACGGCUCAGUGCUCCUGCUCCUGGUCUCAGAGAAGUGCUUCAUGCAGUAUUAGAGCAUCAACUGGUGCUGGUGAGUCUGAGCUGGAUGCCCACAGGACUCCGUGGUGGGAGUCAGCGGUGGUCUCUCUGUUGUGAAGACCACAAAGGUGUGCCUGAAUUUAUGGAACCAGAUUCUGAUGAAGUCCUGGGUGACGUGGCGGAUCGAACAAAGCGGACCCGAGAGACUCUUGAGUGAGAACUACUUCAACCAUUUAGACAAGUCGUGCACCGCCGCCACCACCAGGGGGAGACGCUAAUCACACAGAAAGUCACCUCGACGAAUCAAAGAAGCUCCGACUGCAAGUCGCUGACUAUUGAACGUGACAUGCAAAGAAUCGUAUACGGUGAUUCAGGAACAAACCAUGCGGCUUCUAUUACAACCCUCGGACAGAAGAACAACUCCCCGGAACCAGGCCGGCCGUUCUCCGCCGUCGUGCACCGGAGACGUAUGUACAAGCCGACAGCCGAGACUGCUGCGGACGGAAGCGCCAGAAUCUGAGCUACAACCUUUGCCUCGCUGCGUGGCGGUGCCUCCAACAGGAUCGCCCGGGUGGACGAAGGCUGCUGGGUCUCAGUGACGCCGCUGUGGCCUCAUCCAAACGCCUGGAAGACCUUCAGCUGUCCUCGUAAACCAGCGGUGCCGGAUCCCAGCUGGGUAAACAGAUGCUCCAGCGCGGCGCCCGGCUCAAGAGAAGAUGUCUUCCUUGUCCAGUUCUGGAGAGGCCGGCUGGGAGAUGUCAAAGAUGUGCUGCGGAGAAGCCGCCGCAGACUUGGCCUUGAGGAGCUGCAGCGCCUCGCUCAGCUGCGCCUCCAGCCCCGACAUGCGCAGGUUGAGGUUCCUGAGGUCGUCCUUCAGCUCGUGCUUCAGCUCCUGCAGCGAGGCCUGGAGGGUUUGCUCGGGGAUGGGGUAGAACGGGUGGCGGCUCUCGGGGGGCUGGACGGGACUGCGGUCCUGAGGGGUCAGGCGGAAGUCGCUGACCUUGUCCAGCCGCAGGUCACUCUUGGUGAUGCCGCUGUCGCACGAGUCUGUCUUCUUCAAGGACAUCUGGGACUCGUGCGUUUUGGUUCGUUCGGGCAGUGUCUCCAUGGACUCGGCCUUGGACACCUUGUUCCAGUUGUCUGCCUUGGCCAUGGACUCUUUGAAGCGACCCCAGCCUUUGACCUUGACGGGCUCCGCGGGCCGACCCACGUUGAGGGUGACGGGAGACGGCACCUGCAGCUUGGCCAUGUCGGCGGGGCCGUGGGUGGGCGUGGUGGCCGACGACGGCGUGGAGGACGACGGCGUCGCCGGGCUCUCGGUGACCGUGACGAUACUGGUGGUGGUGAUGGCCGUUUUGGGGAUCUCCACGUAGACCGGACCCUUCUCCACGUCGUGCUCCACCACCUCCGGCUUGUCGGUGGCUGUGCGGGCCUCCCUCUGCUGCCGGAAGCGCUGGAAGAGCUUACGCACCGGGUGGUCCGGGGGCAGGUUGAGAGGGGCCUCGUUCUUGCGCCUCUGUCGCUCCUCUUCCUCUCGCUUCACGUCGCUGAUCUUCCUGAAGACCAUCUGCAAGAGAAGACAAGGAGGACUCACUGGGGAGCCAGGAGAGGAGGCGGAGCCUGCUGGCUGACAGGUCCAUCAUGGCGCCUGUGUGGAGGGCAGGGGGGCAGCAGGACCUCCACUCAGCCGUGCCACACUGGCCACACCAGCGCCACCACCUGCCGCUGAGAGGAGUCUGCAGGUGAGGCACUCGCACACUUUGACCAGUCAGGGGUCAGACGGACCGACUGGGGAGAGGUGGCUGGCUGGAACAAAAACCUGCACUGGAUUCAGAUCCUGGCCUUGGCGGAGGCAGCCAUUUUGGAAACUGUGUAUGACUUGAUGGGUAGAUGCAGUUGGAUUUUGAUGCGAAGCUGCUGGAUCUGAGACAACUGAGGGGAAUAACCACUCACAGGCUCCUUUAACAGCUGGAGUCACCAGGAAGAGCCAAAUAUAGUUUCAUCUCCGGACACUUGCUGGAGCUGCUGUGUGUGGCUGAAGCGGACGACGAACUGCUGAGGACUGCAGGGCACGCGUGAAGUGCUCCGCCUGCUGCGUGACGGGCCGCAGGCUCCGGCUGAACUUUCACUGCAACGCUGUGCUCAGAGUGACAUUUGCAGAGCCCCACAAACUCCACGUCUUCACGCACUUCCUCAAGCUUCACUUUCACCGCCGAACUGUCAAGUCAUCUGAGUGUGGGGCACGUGCGACCUGUGGAGGGGUCCCAGGGGGCGGUGACCCCGCCACAGAACCGAGUGGCUGGGCAACAGGUGCCAAGAAAAGACAUAGGAACACAUCACGAUAGAGAAGGAGGUCUCCCAUCAAGACCGUCCAGAACCUGGGCCGCGCUCAUGAGGAGGAAUCACCAGGGGCCACCCCAAGCUUCAGAUCCACCUCAGCUCCAGACCCUUGAGGCAUCAUGACCACCUCAGCUUCAGACCCUCGAGGCAUCAUGACCACCUCAGCUCCAGUCCCUCGAGGCAUCAUGACCACCUCAGCUCCAGACCCUCGAGGCAU